AUGGAUGAAGAGAAAAUCAAUGGACAGCUGGCAAUGAGUGGUUAUUCUCGACAAAACCUCUUAUCAACCAAAAACUGUGAAGUGCCGCAGGCUUCUCCAUCAGUGAAUGACAGACAAGAGGAUAUACCUCCACCGGACGUUCUAAACGUAAACCAAAACAUCGCCUAUAAGAGCAUGGAUCACCUGGACCUCCAUUCCAACGAACCACUUAAUGGUUUGCAAAUGUUACUCAAUCCCAGCUCAACCAACUAUGCUUCUUCCAAUAAUUCGAACUUGUCCGAAGACCAUACAUUCAAGGGAUGCGUUACGGAGCAGAGCCAUAAAAGGAACGAGUGGAGUAAUGAAUCGACUGGAGAGAGCAAAAUGCAGGAUGCCGUACAAGCUGCUAGAAUUUAUGCAGAAAGAUUCCCCGAGCGCCGUCAUCCAACGCGGCAUUACUUCCCAAUAUUAGUUUUGAAAAUGCUAAAUGAGCCCAAUGAAGUGGCAGAAAAUGAUAAUUUUAUUGUGAACGAGGGCAAAGAAAUCGAUGUUUUGACGUCCAAGUUGUUCGACGAACUGAAGGAAAACGUCUACAAAGAGGUAGCAUCACUGAUAUCGGCCAAUGAAACUAGACCUCAUUUUCUGAUCCAGUUAUUCAGAGAUCUUCGAAUGAUAAAAGAUGAUGCCGUGAGGCUGAGGAUCCUGCAAUCGAUUCAAAUGGUGAUUACGCAUUCAAUGGCACCAUCACAUAAUCCCAACCGACUAAAGAUCUCACUAGUUAUCCAACCAUUGUCGCUUACAAAAUCUACAGUUCCAGGUGGAGUGCCAUUUAAGUAUCUUGGAUUUCUCUUCUUCCGGGGAAAUAUGAGUGCCGGAGAGAUAAAUUUUCCAGUAGCGGAACAGCAACAUAUGGCGGUUACCAGCUGCCCCCUCUCGGCCGAUGAAAUUGAGCCCACUUGUUUUUUUCCCUUCAAAGAGAUAACUUUUGGUGGCCGCUUUGCAGACGUUUGA